GCAUCAUUUGCGAACUCGCCACCCGAAGAUGGGUCUGCCGCCACUAUGAAAAACAAUGGCGCGGCCUCGUCCCAAAUCAUUGAAAAGCCGCCUAGGUCCCAAAUGUCAAAAUCUCAGAAGAGGAAAGAAAAGGUGGCUGCAAAGAAAGAUAAAUUAGAAGCAAAGAAAUCGAAAAACCCAAAACGAGAUGAUCAGUGGACAACGGAAAUCGACAAGGAAAAUACGCUUUUCGAAAAAGACGACGAUGAUUGGGACGCUUUCUUAUCGAACCUGAAAUUGGACCUCCCUACCACCUUUCGGAUCACUGGCACUGAAGACGUCAAUAAUGUCAUUAAAAACGUCCAUGUGCCAAAUCUUACUGGCUUAACCCACGAAGGGAUGGCAGUCAACCCGCCUACUCCAAUUCCCUGGUAUCCUGGUGGCUUAGCAUGGCAAAUACACGUCCAUAAGAGCGUCGUGAGGAAAGUGCCAGAAUUCAAGAAAAUGCAGGAAUUCCUUGUCUACGAGACUGAAGUGGUGUGUGGUCACGUCCUCCCAUUUUCGUGA